AUGACCGAGUUUGCCAUUCCUCCGCACUUUGAGGACCUGCUCGAGGCCGACAAGGGCUACUACGUGGUCGGUCCGUCGUCGGGCCUGCAUCGAUCGUCGGCCGAGGUGGUCCACGAGGCUGUCGAGGGCAUCUUGCUGCAGCUCGAGAGUGACCCAUGGGCACUAGCCUCCCCUGAGCUCUUUGACACGCUCUUCCAUCUGGUCUACCGCUUCUCCGUUCUCGAUGAUACCGUCAAGGCUGCUGUUGUCGACCUCCUGGUCGGCACCGUUCAAAAGUUUGUGGUCGCCUGGCAGUCUGGCGCCAAAAUGCCCGAGCCACCGGCAAACAUCUUUACCGUCAGCUCGCGGUCAGUGCUCAAGCAGUAUGUCUUCCUUCUGCACAUGCUGAUCAUGGUGGUUGAGAAGGACGGCUCUGGCAUGUCGUUGGCUGCUGCUGGUGGUAAGAAGAAGAAGAAGAGCAAGGCCAAGUCGUACUCGUGGUCCGGCAAGGUCCCGUUUGUCGUCGCCGCCUUCUCGGCUGUCCUCGUCGACGUCUCCCCGGCCCUGUACACCCGGCUGUGGAACAUGCCGCUGCCUGAAGAAGAGUUCAUCACUGCCAUCUCGCGCUCGCUCUUCCUUCUCUUUGAGUCGCACACGACGUUCAAGGCUCUGCCUUCCACCUGCGUAGACACCAUCCAUGCCAUUUUUAAGGUUCUCAUCGUCUCGUACCGCCGCGGUAUGGCUGCCAGCACAUCGAUCAUGCACCUGCUGCACAACCACGAGCAUCUACCAGGUCCACUCGCCCAGCUCCUUGGCGCCAUUGCUGCUCCAGAGCCGUCGGCUGCGUCCGCCGAUGCCGGCGACGACGACGACGAGGCCCACAAGCCCGCUGGCGAGGACGAGUCUGCUGCUGCUGAUGACUCAGGCGCAGCCUCCAACGAAGUUCGCGCGCUUGUUGAGGACAUUCUCCGUGACAUUGGCAAGACCUCGCCGCAGCAGCUUGCUGUCGACUCGGCUGGAACAAAGAACCUGGCGGCGUUCCUGGUGGCGCUCGCCGAGACUGUGCCACGGCUGGCGCUCUCUUCGGUUGCCGUCCUCAUUCAUCACCUUGAAGGCGAGGCGUACAUUAUGCGCAACGCCAUCAUUUCGAUGAUGGGCCACUGCACCUGGUCCAUCAUUGUUGAGGCGCGUGCACUGCCGCUUGCCCGCCUUCACGCACUCUCCAAGGCUGCAGUCGGGAGGCUCGCCGACAAGGCAUCGAUUGUCCGCCGGUCCGCCAUCGGCCUGCUCAAGGAGCUGCUACUCAACAAUCCAUUUGCCGGCCAGCUCCGGCUUGAUGUGUUUGAGGCCAAGCGGGCUUCGCUGGAGAGCCGUCACGCCGAACUCGUGGCGCUGGUUCGCCCGCCGGCUCCCAAAGCGCCGGCGGCGAGUGCCGACACCGGCGAGGCUGGCAGCCAGGCUGGUUCCGAGGCUGAGAGCGAUGACGAGAGCGAGGCCGCCGUCGCCGCCGCGGUUGCUGCCGCAGUUGACGCUGCCGAGGCUGCUGCCAAGGCGCAGGCCGCCCGCGACGAGGAUUCCAGUCUUCAGGGCGCGCGCGACGAGCUGGAGCAAGUUGAGGCCGAGCUGGUCUUUGUCCGGGCUGGCGCCUCGUUCAUCAAGGUCAUAUCGCGGGCGGUUCCGGUGGUGACCCAGCUGCUCUCGUCCAAGACGACGAUGGAUGUGCUGCAGGCAAUCGACUUUCUCACUGUUGUCUCGUCGUUUGGCCUCGAGGCUGUGGCCGAUGGUGUGGCGCGGGUCCUCACUCUCAUUUGGUCCAAGGAAGAGUCGAUCCGCAACGCAGUGCUGGACGCGUACCGAACGCUGUACUUUGCGCCGGGCGACAAGUCGUUUGGCGCGUCGGCCACGGUGGCGCGCAACCUGAUGGAGCUCACCCGCGACGCGUCGGUGGCGCAGCUGACGUCGCUUGAGGAGAUGGUACGAUACAUGCGGCAUGACGGAAGCCUGCCGCCGCAGGUCGACAACGUGCUGUGGGAGCUGUUCUCGGGUCACGUCGAGGGUGUCGGUCCAGAGCAGAGCCUCGCCGCGCUGCAGAUUUUGUGCAUGGUGGGCAAGGCAGAUCCGGUGGCCAUUGCCUGCAAGCUCGAUCUGCUGGUCAAACACGGGCUUGGCGAGCAGGCGCGAGCAACACCGAUCCUUGCGCGUUGGACGUGCGAGGCGUUGCAGGCGCUGGCCGCCGUUGACUCGACGGCCAAGGUCCCGUCGGGCCAUCCGCUUCUCAAGCAGCUCGAGCGCCUCGUCGUCGCCACGCCCGACUUUGACGAAACGGUCAACGGGCAGUGGUACCCUGCAGCCGAGCAGGCUAUCGGAGCACUCUUUGCACUUGCUGCCGCGCCCGAGAUCGAGGUCGAGCUGCUCAUCCGCGUCCUCGCUCACGCUGUCUUUUCGACAGAGGGUCGCGAGGUCUCGUCUGAGAAGCUCGCUCGGCUGUUCUUUGUCGUUGGCCAUGUGGCGCUCAAGAUGCUGGUGUACAUGGAGGAGGAGCACCGGACGUACGCCAAGGCUGCCGCUGCUGCCACUUUGGGCAUGGCGGCAUCGCCGGCAACUCAGGAGGCGCAUGCUGAGUAUUUGGCCAAGCUCGCCGAGUCUGCGCUUGUCAACAACAACCUGCUCGGCUCGUUCGGACCGCUCCUUGUCCACGUUGCCCUCCAUCGCUCGCAGUACGACAACGUAACGCUCCAGAGCCACGCGCUGCUCGCACUCACCAAGUUUAUGUGCGUCUCGCGGACGUUCUGCGAGGCCAAUCUGCGGCUGCUGUUCUCGAUCCUCAACGCGACCGAGGGCGUGGCGCCGGUUGUCCGCGCCAACCUGGUUGUGGCUGUGGGCGACCUCGCGUUCCGUUUCCCCAACGAGGUUGAGCCGUGGACCGAGCACAUCUACGCACGGCUUCGCGACGACGACAUUGUCGUGCGGCAGAACACACUCAUGGUCCUCACCCACCUCAUUCUCAACGACAUGGUCAAGGUCAAGGGCCAGAUCGCAGAAAUCGCGCUUUGCCUCCUCGAUGAGGUCAAGACGAUCUCGGACCUCGCGCAUACGUUCUUCUUUGAGCUCGGCCGCAAGGCCAACACCAUCUACAACAUCCUGCCCGAUACCAUCUCGCAGCUCUCUACGGCGGCGAUGGCGGCGCGCAUGGGCGAGACCGGCUUCAAGACCAUCAUGUCGUACCUGUUCUCGUUCGUGGCCAAGGACAAGCACCAAGAGUCGCUGGUGGUCAAGCUCUGCCAGCGGCUGCAGGGCUGCGACGCGCUCAACGCCCGCAACUUUGCCUUUUGCCUCUCGCUGCUCUCGUACUCGGGCCGCUCGCUUGGCAAGCUCAUGGAGCAUCACAAGGCUUACCACGACAAGCUCUUUGAUCCGCAGGUCGAGGCUUCGUUCCGCUCCAUCUCGUCGCGCACAAAGCGGACCGCAAAGGACAUGGUCGUUCGCUUCGACGCUCUCGUCGACAAGCUCCUUGCCGGCGAGACCGAUGUCGAGUCGCUCGUCACCGGCCUCACCCCUGCUGAUGUCAUUGCCCGCGAUCAGGAGAACGCCGCCAAGGCGUCCAAGAAGGCUGCCAGGGCCAAAGCCCGCAAGGUCGCCGCAAAGAAGGAGCGCGCUCGCCGCUCGCGCCGCGCCAUGACCGACGACGAUGACUACACCCCGCUUGCAGAGUGCCAAGUCUAG